AUGGUGCGCAAAAUCACCAACGCCGUGCAGUCCGUCUCAAGGGCGUGUCACUGGCUUGUAGCUACAAGAGUCCGCCGACGAUGGCUGAUCCGUGCUGUGCUGAUUGUGCUUCUAAUCCCGCUCCUGUUGCAAUGGGUUCUGGCAUACAUAUUGGGAAGCGAUGCUCGACUGCUUCCUCCUGAGCUCCUGAAAGCAAAGAACUUGCUCAUUGUCACAGCUCACCCCGAUGACGAGUGUUUGUUCUUUGCACCAAGCAUUCUGGGAGUCUUGGAUAGAAAUAAGAAUAUAAAAGGAGGCUUGGUAGUCAUGUCCACAGGCAACAACUACGGCUUAGGAGAAACCAGAAAGAAGGAACUUCUUGGGUCCUGUGAGGCCCUGGGCAUCGACACAUCUAGAUGCGUCGCUCUAGAUAACCCCGACCUGCAGGAUAACCCCAAGGUUUGGUGGGAAGAGGCCAAAAUCAAGCCCAUCUUGAAAGAGUACAUUGAAAAAUGGAACAUUGACGCGAUCCUGACCUUUGAUGAAGGCGGUGUUUCGGGCCACAUCAACCACCGAGCCGUUAGUUCUGCGGUCAAUCAAUAUGUCGCCGAGAACGAAAAGGCGCCGGCGUCGUACAUGAUCGUCUCUGUCGCCCUCCCGAGGAAGUACACCUUCCUACUGGACUUGCCGCUAACCGCGCUCUCAUUCAUAUGGAGGAUUCUCGCCGCCAUCUUCUUCCCAUCAACCUCAGCGGAUCCCAAGUACAGCACUCGCGCACUGAUAGCUAACACCUGGCACCGUUAUAGAAUGACCAGACAGGCAUUCGCAAGUCACGGCAGUCAGUAUACGUGGGACAGACAUUUGUAUAUGAUUAUUAGUCGAUACGUUUGGUUCAAUGACUUGCGAAGGAUAGUAGGCACCGGAGCGGUGACUCGAUGA